AUGGCUCCAAUUUUAGCACCACACUUCAUAAUUUUCCCUUUCAUGUCCCAAGGGCACACGAUCCCUCUCCUCUAUCUUGGCCGCCUCCUCCGGCGGCGUUCUAUCGCUGUAACAAUAAUCACCACCGCCGGAAACUCUCCGUGCAUCCGGGAUUCUCUCCGUGAUGCCGAUAUUAAAAUUGUUGAACUCCCAUUUCCACAAGAAAUCAAUGGUGUCCCUCCAGGUGUUGAAAGCACUGAUAAAUUUCCAUCCAUGGCUUGUUUUAUCCCUUUUGCCAAUUCUACAAAACUAAUGCAGCAGGAUUUUGAAGACACCAUUCAAAAUCUUGAUCAAUCUGUUACCUGCAUAAUCUCUGAUAUAUGUCUUGGCUGGACACAAAAAUCUGCUGCAAAAUUUGGGAUUCCCCGGCUAGCCUUUUCCGGCAUGGGAAUUUUUUCCACCACCAUGUAUCAGAUCUUAUGCAAAAACAGGCCACAUGCAGGAACGGUUUCUCUCGACACUCCCUUUUUGAUUCCUGAUUUUCCCAAGUUGAAAUUGACAAGAAAUGACUUUGAUCCACCUUACUGUGAGAUUGAGCCCACUGGAGAAUACGUGGAUUUCAUGGUAGAGCAAAUUAUUGCCAUGGAGAAAAGCAAUGGCUUCAUUGUCAACAGUUUUUAUGAGCUGGAAUCAAUCUAUGUUGAUUACUGGAAUCAGAAAUUUGGGCCAAAAGCUUGGUGUGUUGGGCCAUUCUGUGUAGCUAAGCCGCAGUGUACCACCGCCGCGGAAAAGCCACUGCACAUGCAAUGGUUGGACGGAAAGUUUGCAGAAGGUGAGCCAGUUUUAUACGUGUCAUUCGGGACACAAGCAAAAUUGUCGUUGGAGCAAUUGAAUGAAAUUGCGAUGGGUUUAGAGAAUUCUCAUGUGAGUUGUCUAUGGGUUUUGAGGUCAGAAGGGGUGAACUAUUUACAGGGUUUUGAAAAGAAGGAGAAAAACAGAGUGAUGAUAGUGAAAGAAUGGGUUGAUCAAAUGGAAAUACUAAAUCACAAUGCAAUCAAAGGGUUUUUGAGUCACUGCGGAUGGAAUUCAGUGAUGGAAAGUUUAUCAGCUAAUGUGCCUAUCUUAGCAUUUCCAAUGAUGGCGGAGCAACACCUGAAUGCAAGACUUUUGGUGGAGGAAAUCGGCGUAGGGCUGAGAAUUUCGCCCUCGAAUGGGUCUGUCCGGGGGUUUGUGGAGGCUAAGGAGGUGGAGAAGAUGGUGAAAGAGUUAAUGGCUGGGGGAAAGGGUAAGGAGUUGCGGCAGAAGGUGGAGGACAUUAGAGAUGCUGCAUGCGCCGCCACCGUAGACGGGGGUUCUUCUUGGCACUCGCUAAAUUUCCUUAUCGAUGACGUUUGUGGGAAAAGAUAUUCACACAUCUACUCUUAUUUAACCAAAAAUGAAGAAUUAUUGGCUCGUCCCCAGGCCACAGUUCAUUAUGAAUUGAGAAGACAACUAUGGCAUUUCGACCCAAUUGCAGUUGAGGAGUUUGAGGCUAUUGUUGAUGAAUGCUAUCUGAGGGAGUGGAACGAACACGUCAAUUUCAGAUAUUGGAGGACUAACACGACGAAGCCAGAUGUUGUCGAUCUAGCAGACAUGGCAAGAUCGGGUACAUUAAUGGUGAUAUUCGAGAACCAGAAAUAA